UAAUUAUUUUUUCUUCCUUUCCCUUUGAAGACUUGAAUCUUAAAAGUGGCGUAACCAUACCAGCUGGAGCAGGACUGGUUGUGCCUAUACAGCUGGUACAGAUGGAUGAUUGCAGUUGGGGAAGUGAUGCUAAUGAAUUUAAUCCAUAUCGCUUUUUAUCCAAGCCUGGAAAGGGAUCUGAUAUUAUGCUCAAUAAAUCAGUUUCAGGAGCUGCUGAAAACAUUGUGAAUCCUGGACAGAGCUCCUUCAGUUUAAAUGAUCCAAAUGCAAAUACGGCCUUUCUUCCCUUUGGCUAUGGCUUACGUGCUUGUAUUGGCAAGAAAUUUGUACUCAAUGGAGUGGCUACAUUAUUCGCAUCAUUGCUUGAACACUAUGAGAUAAAGCUCCAGGGAGCAGCUGAGGAUAACCCAAAACCGAACAACUGUGUGUUUGAGCAUAUUUCUAGUUCACAGAUGGUUUUUGUAAAAAGGAACAGCUGAAAGAAUGUGGAAGCAGAAAAGUCUGUUGUGGAUGCGAUGUUUUGUUUUACUGUCAUAUGUUUUUGCAUCCCAUGAUCACUUACAGGAAGACAUCUCCAGUCAUCUUUUUCCCCAACUCGGGUUUGACGAGGGAAUAUUUUUUCUGUUGAUUAUCUAUUAGAGUAAUAGCAGAGGAUGUUACACGAGUGAGUUUUACGGCUCAUGUUUUUUUCCUCUGUUUUGAAGCCUAGGUGCUGGUUUUAUAGCCAUGACAGGCAUAAGAUAGUUUUUGAAGCACUCGGGCUAUUGUUGAAGCGGAGCCUUGUGGUUUUCCCCAUCUAGAAUUUGCAACUUCAUCUUUUAUUUUUCCUCUCCCAAAAGGAAGUUCAUCUUGUAAUCUUAAUUAGCUUAGAGUGAUGCACCCCAUAUGUAUUUUAUAUUUGUAGGGUGCAUUGUUAAUAGAAGUUAUGUAAUAAAUAAAAAUUGCCUUCCACUGGUUGUUUAUGGUACUCUGGGUUGUUUUGAGAUUUGGUUAAACUUGAGU